CUAAACUAUUGUCAUCAAAUUUUCUACAAACUUUUAAUUCUUCAAAAAGUUAAACUGUCUUGGAUUCUAUUUAAGAAUAAAUCUCUAACUGGUGUUUCUUUUUUUUCGCAUAUUGUUUACUUUCAAUUUUCGGUUUUAAUUUGAUUUAAUUGUUUUAUAUCUGUCAAAAUGUGUGGUAUCUUUGCUUAUAUUAAUUAUCUCGAACCUAAAACUCGUAAAGAAAUAUUAGAUUUUCUAAUUACUGGUUUACAAAGGUUAGAAUACCGAGGAUAUGAUUCUGCAGGCCUUGCUUUCGAUGGUCCUUUGGGAGAAACUGAGAUUAUUAAACAGAAAGGAAAGGUUGCUGUUUUAUCGCAAGAAAUUUGGUCUCGAGAAAAUUUAAAUUUCGAGGAAACUUGUAAUGCCCAUGUUGGUAUUGCUCAUACCCGAUGGGCUACUCAUGGUGCUCCAAGUGCGAUUAAUAGUCAUCCACAGAGAUCUGAUGAUGAUAAACAAGAAUUCGUUGUUGUUCACAAUGGAAUUAUCACCAAUUUCAAAGAAAUUAAACAGUUCCUGAUGAAUAAAGGAUUCACCUUUGAAUCGGAAACAGAUACAGAGGCUAUCGCUAAACUAAUUAAACAUAUUCAUGAUAAACAUCCUGAUUUUACAUUCCGAGAAUUAGUUGAACAAGUCACUCUACAAUUGGAAGGUGCGUUUGCCCUAGUUUUCAAAAGCUAUCUUUAUCCUGGACAGUGUGUGGCCACUCGACGUGGAAGUCCACUGCUAAUUGGAAUCAAACCAAAAUCACCUUUAUUUUCAAAUCAUAUUCCAGUUUUAUUCAGUCAUAAAGAUUUAGUUCAACAGAAAGAUAUCGCUCAUUCUGCUUUGGCUCGAGCCAAACUACAACGGUCCAAUUCAACAACUGAAUUCACGCCAAUCACUGAUCACGCUGAGGUUGAAUAUUUUUACGCUUCCGAUGCGAGUGCCUUUAUUGAGCAUACAAAUCGAGUUAUCUUUCUUGAAGAUGAUGACGUUGCUGUUAUUGAGAAUGGUCGACUUUCCAUCCAUCGUAUUCGUAAAGAUCUUUCUGAUAAAUCUCCCUUAACUAGAGAGAUAAUUACUCUUAAAUUGGAGAUUCAGGAAAUAAUGAAAGGAAAUUUCAGUUCUUUUAUGCAGAAAGAAAUCUUUGAACAACCAGAAUCUGUUGUAAACACCAUGAGAGGAAGAGUUAACUUUGAUACGGAGACAGUUAUCUUGGGAGGAAUCAAAGAUUACAUCCCUGAAAUAAAACGUUGCCGACGGUUAAUCAUGAUUGGGUGUGGUACAAGCUAUUAUAGUGCCGUUGCAACUCGUAUAAUUGUUCAACAAUUAACUGAAUUACCUGUAAUGGUUGAGCUUGCCAGUGAUUUUCUCGAUAGCGAAGGACCAGUUUAUCGUGAUGAUGUUUGUUUCUUCAUCUCUCAAUCAGGUGAAACUGCCGACACCCUAAUGGCUUUAAGAUAUUGUAAGCAAAGAGGAGCGUUAAUUGUUGGUGUAACUAACACAGUUGGUAGUAGUAUCUGUCGAGAGAGUCACUGUGGUAUCCAUAUAAAUGCUGGACCCGAAAUCGGUGUUGCCUCAACUAAAGCUUAUACCUCGCAAUUUAUUUCAUUGGUCAUGUUUGGUUUGGUUCUUAGUGAGGAUAGAAUCUCAAUGAGACCCCGUCGAAGUGAAAUAAUUAACGGGCUCAAAUUAUUACCCGAUCAAAUUAAAUCAGUAUUGAAAGUUGAUGAUCAAGUUAAAGCGAUCGCUGAAGAGCUGUACACUCGAGAGUCGAUCAUGAUCAUGGGUCGAGGUUAUAAUCAUGCAACUUGUCUCGAAGGUGCUCUUAAAAUUAAAGAAUUAACUUACAUUCCAUCUGAAGGUGUUCUUGCCGGGGAAUUGAAACAUGGACCACUCGCUUUGGUUGACGAGGGAAUGCCCGUGGUAAUGAUUGUUACUCGAGAUAAAGUUUACACAAAGUGUAUUAAUGCCGUUCAACAAGUUCUGGCUCGUGGUGGACGACCAAUAAUCAUUUGCGAACAAGAUGAUAUCGAAACUCAGGGAAUGUCAUACAAGAAUCUGGGAAUUCCUCAUUCGGUUGAUUGUUUACAAGGAGUUUUAACUGUUGUACCUUUGCAACUUCUCGCUUAUCAUAUUGCUGUUCUUCGAGGUUGUAACGUUGAUUGUCCAAGGAAUCUCGCGAAAUCAGUUACCGUUGAAUGAACAACCAAGUGCAAUCAAUUCAUUCCUUAUCAAGCAUUUUCUUAUUAAUAUAAUAAUCGAAUAAUUUUACAAUCACUGAGAUUAAUUGCAAUUAUUUUCUUAAAUCAA